AUGGUGAAAAGCUGUCAUUUCCAUUUUGCACAAAACAUAUGGAAAAAGAUCAAGAAGUACGGUUUAACAAAAUUAAUCCUAAAUAAUGACAACGCACGUCGGCAGGUGGUUAAUAUGAUGGCAUUGCCUUUAUUACCUCCAAAUGAGGUAAAUGAAGCAUUUUCAAAUAUAAUAGAAUCAUUUUCUGAACUUCGUGAUAAAUGCAUCAAACUGACUGAUUAUGUGUUGAAAACGUAUAUUGAAGAACCAAGAUAUCCGAUAGACUUCUGGAGUCAUUUUGAUCUCAUUAGAAUAAGACCACGUACCAAUAAUCAUGUCGAAGGUUAUCAUGGGCAAUUGAAUUCUAUAAACGAUUCAUUUACAUUUAUUUUCCAAAGUAACACUAAAUUAACACCCGUAGCGUGGAUCCGUUACAUACAGGAAAGUGAAGAGUCGACAAUGUCACGAUACGAGCAAGAACAAGCACAACAACGUACCACACGUCCAAGAAAGAGAAGAACUGUGAAUAAUGAUCUCCGAUUAACCGAAGCAAAGAAGAAUGAUUUCAAUGGGCGCUUGGAUUUAGAAGAUUAUCAAGCAACAUUACGAUCAUUAAGCUACCGUUAUAUGGUUGUGUUAGAUAAUGAUUCUAAUUCUAAAGAUGAUGAUGAGUAUGAACCUAAAAUAUCAUAG